AUGGCUCCCCAGCUCCGUAGCUCCGUGCCCAAAACGGUGACAUGUCCUCCGGGUCCUCGGCAGACCUCGGCCUGGCAGGUGACUGGUGAGCUGGCCGUCCUGGGUUUGCUAUCCUUUCGCACAGCCACCUUUACAGCCUGCCGUCAAUCAGACACUGUGGUCAUAAGUUCAUCAAACCUUCGACAAGUCUUGCAGUCAUCGGAAGCUGCCAGCAAACAUUUGGACAAGUUGGCAGAGGAAAGACGCAUGCAGAUUGACCGAGGUUUCCCAGUUCUUUCCCUACCUGUUGGGGCUUCCAACGAUGUGUGCUCGCGCACCAUCGCCUUGCACUCAACUCGAUAUAUUUUAGCACCUGGAGAAACUUGGAAGAUCCCUGAGAAUGCUCUCGCAAGUGGAGCACAUCACUGGAUCUUUGCACGUGGACGUGGAGUGAUCCUGGCUGGUCCAUCAGAUCAUCCAAUGAAUCCCAUUCAGACCGUGGGGGCUGGAGCGACUCCGCUGGUGUCCGAGAAUCUCUGCAUUCAGUACGGAGCAAGAGUGGUGGCGUUAACUCCGGUAGAGGCAUUUCGCAUCAGUUGCAUGGACAUUCAACUGGCAACUAUCUCUGUCAGAAGCCUUCCGAAUUGGUUUCCACGAUUUCGUGCUCUGGAAAGGGAAGCCUGCAAGCACCUGAAAGACAAACUGUUUCGAGCGAAAUCUGUGAUAGACAUGGCACGCCCACAGAAGGUGCAAAUUUUGAAGCCCUUGAAGCACAGGAGCAGCACAAGACUGAACGCGCCAGGUUCGGUGAGUCAAUCCAACUUGGAGCCUGAGAAGGACUGCGAGAGGCCAAUCUUUCUCACAACGCCGCGGGACCCCUUCGCCGUUCGAGAGAGGCCUCUCAGUCCUAGUCUGAAGCGACCUGCUUCACAGUCAGCGAUUCUUGAUUCGUAUCCCUCGCGCGGAGGGAAGGACGACCAAAACGAUCAGAAAGGACAUGGAGGAGUUCGUUUGCGCCCUUUAUCUGCCACUCGACCAAAGACGUCAAGCCAGUGAUGUGCAGGUUGCGAGCGCGCUGAGAACAUGGUCGAUGCUAAAGACAAGUAGUAUUGACAUAUCCUGAUCAUUACUGAUC